AUGGCGGCUGACAAGAAGGACAAGUCGCAAUUGCAUAAAGUGGCUCUAAAGGGCUCAUCGAAGACGGUCGCUGAGUUCUUCGAAUACUCGAUCAAUACAAUCUUGUUCCAAAGAGGAGUCUAUCCCGCAGAAGACUUUACACCAGUCAAAAAAUAUGGCCUCAAUAUGCUGGUCUCGUCCGACGACCAGGUCAAGGCUUACAUCAAGAAGAUUAUGUCGCAGUUGAAUAAAUGGAUGACGGGGGGCAAGAUCUCGAAGCUAGUGGUGGUCAUCACGAGCAGAGAGACGGGCGAACACGUGGAGAGGUGGCAAUUCGAUGUCCAGCUGCUGGGAAAGCCCUCGAAGUCACGAUCAUCGAAGAAGGCAACGGACAAGGAGAACGCAACUCCUGAGAACGCAACACCAGAAGACACCGAGCCGGAGAAGACCGAGGCACAGAUACAAGAAGAGAUCCAGGCUAUCUUCCGGCAGAUCACAGCAUCCGUCACGUUUCUACCAGUACUCGACGGGAACUGCACAUUCAACGUGUUGGUCUACGCUGAUGCCGAUUCCGAUGUGCCUGUCGAAUGGGGAGACAGUGAUGCCAAGGAGAUCAAAAACGCUGAGAAGGUGCAAUUACGGAGUUUCAGUACCAGCAAUCACAAGGUUGAUACGCUGGUCAGUUAUCGGUUGUUAGAUUGA